CGUGGCGCUUCCGGCGCGCGGGCGGCGGCGGCGGGAGGCGGUCGGGGAUGGCCUGACCCUGCUCCGCUGGGCACCGAGGGGCUGCGGGACCCUCCGGGACCCUCCGGUACCCCCCGGACCCUCCGCCCGGCCCGGUAAGGUGAGCGCAGCUCUGCCGGUUCGGUGCCUCGGGAGCGAGGAGGAAAAUCCGCAGGCAGGAGCUCCCGCCGGGCACCGGGACAGCCCCGAGCGUCCCCGCCGCCCAGCUCGGUCACCGGGCACCGGGAGGUCCGGGCGGGGAUAAAGGUCCCGUGGCGGAGAUGGAGCCCCCGGCCGCCCCCCUCAUCCUGGGGGUGGGGGACGAGGUGACGCUGGUGGCCGGGGUGGCCGUGCUGGUGCUGGCGCUGGUGCUGGCCUGGCUGUCCACGUACGUGGCCGAUGGCAGCAGCCAGCUCCUGGGCACCGGGGACGCGGCCGUGAUCCGCCUCGGGCCCCUCCCGCCCUACGCGGGGCCCGCGGGGGCGGCCGAGGCUCCGGAGCCCCCCAGAGCCCCCGAAAACGCGGAGGAGAAAACAGAGGAGGAACGGGGGGCGGCGGCACCGGGGGACAGCGGGAGCGCCCCCGGUGCCGGCCUGGAGCCGCUCCUGGACGUCCCGAGCUUGUCGCAAGGCCCGGCUGAGCCCGGAGCCCCCGGCGGGGAGGACGCGUGCCCCGGCCUCAUCAAGAUCCGCCUCAAGUUCCUCAACGACACCGAGGAGGUGGCAGUGGCCCGGCCCGAGGACACCGUGGGGAUUCUCAAGAGCAAAUACUUCCCGGGCCAGGAGAGCCAGAUGAAGCUCAUCUACCGCGGGCAGCUGCUGCAGGACCAGGCGCGGACGCUGCGCUCGCUGCGCAUCACCGAUAACUGUGUCAUCCACUGCCACCGCUCCCGGGGAGCCUCCGCGGCCGCCCCGGCCCUGCCCGAGCCCGGCCCCGCCGGUCCCGCGGCCCCGGGGCUGCCCCUGGCCGGGGGCACCCUCAUGGUCCCCACGGUCAUGGUGGUGCUGGCGCUCGGUUGGUAUUUCCGCAUCAACUACCGGCAGCUCUUCACGGCCCCGGCCACCGUGUCCCUGAUCGGUGUCACCGUCCUGGUCACCUUCCUGGCCUUCGGGGUGUACGGACAGGCGGGGUGAGGCGCGCAGGGCUGCGGAGGCACCGCGCUGUCCCUGUGGCCCAGCCUUGCUGCCGGACUUUACCCCCUAAAAAGGGGCUGUGCCCCCCCCCCAAACUCCAUUCCCUCUCCCCCAGCCCCAAUCCCAGCUCGGGGGAGUGGGACAGCACUGGAACGGGCUAUGGCUUCUUCCUAAGGACUUUUCCAAGCAAA